AUGGAAUUUGCCAUGGUGGGUGCGGACAGCGGGGGAUGCAACGCCCACCUGCCCUUCGGAUAUGCCCAAGCACUCGCCAGAGAGCGAGAGCGCGAGAGGGAGAGACACUCGCGCGCAGCGGCGGCUGCAGCAGCGGCGGCUGAAGCUGUAGCGGUUGGAGAGGGAGGUGGGUCCUGUGGCACACAUCCACACAACCACCCGCAGCAGAAUCGCACCGCCUCCUCGACGAAUGCCAACAACAGUAGCGCCGGUACCGCCUCGCGCCCCUCCUCCUCCCAACAGCAGCAGCAGCAACAGCACGAGUCACCACAGCAACUUCUCAAAGAGCGAAAAAAGCAACGAGGCGUCGCGCGCUGGAGACGGAACCGCGCGGCACUCGGCGGGGAUCUACGCCACUCAGAGUUGGCGCUCCUAGGAUCCGAGGAGGACAUCAUGAUAGAGGAGGACGAGGCAGAGGGCGAGGAGGAAGAGGAGGACAGAGGAAGUAAGAGGUCAAGUUUUGUCUACAACGUGGACUAUGAAGAGACGGUUUCCUUGACGGACCGACGUCCUCAGUCAGGGUAUGAAAAUGUUUACAACGAGUACGGCUGCUGCGAGAGAGUUUUCAUCAACGUGUCGGGCUUGAAGUUCGAAACUCAAAUGAAGACUCUCGCGCAGUUCCCAGACACCCUUCUGGGGGACCCGGAGAAACGAAUCAGGUACUUCGACCCGCUGCGCAACGAAUACUUUUUUGACAGGAACCGACCGAGCUUCGACGCCAUUCUAUACUACUAUCAGUCAGGGGGCCGGUUAAAAAGACCCGCCAAUGUGCCGUUUGACAUAUUUUCAGAGGAAGUGAAGUUCUAUGAACUCGGGGAAGAGGCAAUGUUGAAGUUUCGCGAGGAUGAGGGCUUUGUGAAAGAGGAAGAGAAACCGCUACCCGAGGACGAGUUCAAACGUCAGAUUUGGCUCUUGUUCGAGUAUCCCGAGAGUUCGAGUGCAGCCAGAGGGAUUGCGGUCGUGUCAGUGCUGGUCAUCGUCAUAUCCAUCGUAAUUUUUUGUUUGGAGACAUUGCCAGAAUUCAGGGAUGACAAAGAAUUCCUCAGCCCAGGUAAAAAUUCCACCCUCGCCGAAAACGGAUUUACGCCGUUCAACGAUCCAUUUUUCGUCGUUGAGACGGUGUGCAUCAUUUGGUUCUCGUUUGAGAUCAUUGUGCGCUUUUUCGCGAGCCCCAGCAAAGCUGCUUUCUUCAAAAACCUUAUGAACACCAUAGACAUCGUCUCGAUUUUGCCUUAUUUCAUAACUCUCGGCACAGAACUCGCGCAACAACAACAAGGCAACGGGCAACAGGCAAUGAGCUUUGCAAUCCUGAGAAUCAUACGACUGGUCAGAGUGUUCCGGAUCUUCAAACUGUCUCGACACUCCAAAGGUCUCCAGAUCCUCGGACACACUUUGCGCGCGAGCAUGCGAGAACUGGCGCUGCUCAUCUUCUUCCUAGUCAUCGGUGUCAUCCUGUUCUCCAGCGCCGUAUACUUUGCCGAGGUGGACGAACCCACGUCCCAGUUCACAAGCAUCCCCGACGCAUUUUGGUGGGCUGUAGUGACAAUGACCACGGUGGGUUACGGGGACAUGAAGCCCAUAACAGUAGGGGGGAAAAUAGUGGGCUCGCUGUGCGCAAUCGCAGGUGUCCUGACCAUUGCGCUUCCAGUCCCCGUCAUUGUGUCCAACUUCAACUACUUCUACCACCGGGAGACUGAUAACGAGGACCAGACGCCCGUUGUCGAACAACCCCCAUCGGGUUGCCCGUAUUUUCCGGAUUUCCUGAGAAAAUUCAAAGGGUCCCCAUCGGGGUCGUCGUUGGGUGACAAGGCGGCCGAGUACAUGGAGAUGGAGGAAGGCGUGACAGAAUCUCUAUGCGGUGCUGACACACAGAGCCCAAGUAGAGGGAACGAAUCGAAGACACCAUGGCUUGAAGGAUCAGUUUGGCCACUGUUGCUCAUAUGGGAGUAUAUUUCAAGGGAAUGCUUCAUGCAACUAAUUGUUCUUCGUCCCUUUACCAAAUGACAAUGCAUCCCUUUAUGAAAAUGCUGACCGGAAAUGUACAACCAAACAGCACUGAUGGAAACAUGAACUCGGUGGACUUCAUGCACAAGAGUACCUGCGUUCCACAGCGAAUUCUUGUCCUCCUGGAGUGCACGAUGACCACUGGGCAUGUGCAGUUCAUUGUGAGAGUGUUGUGAGUCUUGCCCAUGAGAGACUUUUCCAUCAGCCUUUGGACUCCUACUGAGGGGAAUUGCCGUGACUGACAGUCAGUGGAUGGGUCAGACCUGUUGCCGCAGGUAUCAUUGAAGCCACAGCUGGACAUCAGAUGAGAAUGGACACUGCAGCCUCCAACAAGCCUCAAGGCAGGAAUUCCAUCGUCAAGCCAGGUGUCAAUAACUGUUUAGGACCCACCCCAAUAAAUGCCUUAAAGACACAGUACACUACAUCUCUAUGUAGAGGAACCUGCAGCAGGAGACUUCUUAAAAAAGCUUGACAUAUUUAAUUUUCCUCUUUACGAGUGAAUCAGUGUCUUGCAAGAAACAGAUGUGAAUAUUUUCUUAUAUUAGAGAAAUAUUUGAUUCGGUGUAAUAUUGUCACUUGUUUUUGUUCGGUAGGCCUCGUAAAAGGUGUUACAUAUAAGUGAAGAGAAAGCUUACUGUAUGUGGCAGCCUCUUCCAUCUAGUUUUGUCCAUUUUUUUAUUUGUAUUUUUUCAUUUCUUAAAUCAAAAGACUGCCAGCUGGAACUGAAAAAUUCAGCAGCAGUGUCAAUGAUGUCAGUCUGGACGCCUUUGCAGGGUCACACAUUUUCAGUUUGAAUGCAGGGUCUAAAUCCCAUCCCCCUCAUCGCCAGACUAAAAUACAUUAAUUCUCCAACCUGGUCUCAUACAAUUGUUACUGUACCUACGUUUUUCAAAAUGAUUUUGACAUGGCUCGUUCUGCACAUCACAGCAGUUUCCUGGUGAAAUGAACACUUAACAGGAGGAGAAUAAUACAUUUUAUUCACAUUCACUGAAAUCAGGAGUAAAAAUGCAGAUUAUCUGUUCAGAAACACUUUUCGCUAUUUAGCUCGCACAAUUUUAUCUAAUGAUAUCAAAACACUUAUGAAGACCUUAUUCACAGUAUUUAACGGAAUGACAACAACUGAAGGGAUAGACUCCUCAAGGGGUUGUACUGUUGUUUAGUUUAAAGGAUCAUUCUGCUGUCAUAACAUUAAAAAAAAAAAUCUUUCCAGACAUUGAAAGACAAAAAACACUAGUUGUGAAAAACUAGAUGUGAUCUAGGAGCUUUAUACAACUUGUAAUGUGGUACAUUGUAACAUUUGCAUUACAUAAAAAAAAUUACAAUAAUUUACAAGUGUAUCAAAGCACUGUAUCUCAACUGAGAGAUAGUUGCUUUUGCUGUUCUGGGUGCAAGUCAAGAAGAGUAGACAAAAAAAAUCUGAAAAGCAUCACAAAAUGACAUGGUUGCUUCAAUUGCUUUUUUCAUCUCACAUGUGUUUAUCACACUAUCGAUUAGGUUUAGGUUUAAACCUAUACAGUAUGUAAUGAACCAUGUAAUGUCAUUUUGAAAAGAAAAAGAGAAUGUAGCCACAGUCAUGUAAUUUUCAUGAGAUCAGGCUGAAUAAUCAAGAAUCAUUAGAGUAGCCGUGUCCUUGUUAUCAAAAUCCUAAAAGUGUCGUAUCACUGGGGUUAAACAUUAGUAAUUGUCAUGUGAAAUGGGCCUGUACAGUAUGUUUGCUUGUUUUGUGGUCACCAAGGUGCAGAUAAAUGACAAAGCAGAAGGGGGUGAAUUAUGGUACCAUCAGGAUUGGUGGACAGCUGGUUGAUGUUCAUGUGAGUCAGUGCAUACUGGACUGAUGCCCAAUGCUCAAAUUGUGAGCUGCGUCUGCUGCAUCCACAUUACAUAUCGGUGAUGUGCAAUUUUGGCCAACCUCUACAGAGUUUGGUUUAUAAAUAUUACAAGUUAGUUUAUUGCAAUAUGAAUAAAAGUGAGCACUGCAGCGCACCGAAAGUGUAUUAAAACGCUAUGCUGUUGUGACCUGGGAAUUUUGGUAGUGCAGUUCAGUUCCCCCUUUUGCAAUACUCUCUAGUGCUCUCUAACAGAAGACUGCAAAUUAUAGUGCCACACACAGAUAGUAUGACAAUUAAGCCACAUAAAAUGUGAUCUACAAGUCAUAUUCCCAGUUGACAAAUAGUCUUUCUGUUGUGAGACAAAAAAACAUAAGGAGACACAACUGAAAGAGAUGAUACUCUCUCUGAAAUGACUGCCCCACAGUACUCCCUGUCUCUAGAUCUCUUUUCAUCUCCCACUCUUUUUCCCUUCUCUAACACUCUGCCUAUCUUUUUCUCUCCUUCCCUGCCUAUCUGACAUGCAACCAAGUAUGCAGACUGGAUCUUAUGCACACUGUUUUCUUCACUUUCUCUCUCUGUCUGUCUGUCAGACAGAGUCUGUCUCUCUCUCUCUCUCCCUCUCUCUCUCUCUCUCUCUUCUGUAUCGUUAUCUUUUGAAAUCUAGUCUGAAUAGACAUGUCAGAAUUUGAAUAAGGGAGAAAAGAUUUGUGGUCUGUAUGAACUUAUAGAAUAUAAAAACAAACAAUUUAUAGAAUGAACAAGCUGCUUUGCUGUCAUGGAAAUGCAUUCAAUUAAUCUGUAUGCAAAGUUCUAUGGAAGUAUACUAUCUAUUUUUUUAAAUCUAGCCUUGAAUAUUAUAUAACCAAAGUUGAACCCUAAAAGUCUCUGUUCUAUGUUUGGACCUUUAUUUCUUGAAGAGAUUUAGACCUAGUAAAACUAGAUGCACAUGAAACACGACGUAUGUACAUAAGCAGAUGUCUAUUUUAUUGUGUCCUCAAGGUCACACGUUAUUUUAGGCAGAUCUACUUUUUGACUGUUAGCCUUCAGAAGUCCCAGGCCCUGUAUUCUCUUGCUCUACUGAUUCCUAAUGGUUUUUGUGGACAUCGUGGAAGCCGAUCCUGCCAGUCGCAGACUCUCUACUCAGCUCUUUUGCUCUUUUUUUAGCGUGUGUGUUAGUUGACUGGUCUCUCUAGCAGAGGGCCACUUGCUAAGUACUUUUCAUAAAUUGAACACAAGUUCAUCAGGCGAAUCAGCAACAUGAAGCAUCUAAACAUGGAGCAUUGUGUCAUGUCACAUGUUGUAGAACUGCAUGUGACUUUAAUAUGUAUAUAUGUGAUAGUAAUAUUAUGAUGUCACUACGACACAUUGCUCUGUGCUCCAUGCAGUGGAUCGGAAUGGUUUACAUUCAAGAACAAACAUUCCUUAACAUCCACAGUGCGAUGCGCACUGCUCUUUCUUUUUACACUGAGUCAACAGCCAAGAAUUAUCAGCCAAACGUGAGGAGACUUUGUUACCAUGGAGAUGCUCUGCCAGUGCUGACUGGUCAGCUGGGUUUUGAGAAAGAGGGAGCUUUAUCCUGUGAAAAAGGGGAAUUACCUGCUAAGUGAGAUAAACCAUAUCAGCACAUCCUCUCAUUGAUUAUUUUGUUCACAUCUAAGUUCGCUCAUUCAAAUGGUUUGCUAACUGUUGAUGUUUAAUUUACACAGGAGAACAUAAUGCAAAGGAGAGAACUCUAAAAGCUUACUCAAUAGCUGCAACACACAAUAUUACUAAUAUGAAUUCUGCUGUCUAAUUGGAAAUCAACCCACUGUGUUAGAGACAUUCAGUCUAAACAAAGAGAAUCCUUGGAAAUGCAUCAUAAAAUAUAGAGUCCCUAAAAAUAACUUAGUACACCAAUGUGAUAUUUGAUGUAACAUUUGAUCAAUAAAAUGUUGUUGUGGCUUUAAUCAUAGCAUGGACUAUAUUGUAACUGCAGUUGUCUGCACAUUGUUAAUGGAUUUCAAUGAGCUUAGAUAGAUUCUUAAAAAACAUGAUUAAGCUUCUUCCACUUUUGUAAAGUGUCGUAAUGGACAGAGAUACCUGUGUAUCACUUGGCUACUCACCCAUGUCUCCAUACAGUAAUGAAACCACGGGAGAACAUUGCUGACUGGAAAAGAUCUCUUUCAGUUACCAGAUCAGAUUACUUAUUGUGUCAAUCAUGCACCGCUGUACCCUACAAAUGGCCAAAGGAACAAUCACAUGCAAGGACAACGUUUGCUAGCCAUUUCUGCAAAUCCAAGGAAAAAAUAGAUCAAAAAUAAAUAUCUAAUAUCUGCUAAUAUAUUUACUUCAAAACUCCUGUUGAUGAGAGGUGUGUUGGUAUGUGUUGGGUGAGCUCUUGUGCCUCCUAACAAACAAGUAGAGGGAGAUUGGUGAGCACUUGAUCAUAUCCAUAUGGCAGGAAAGUGUAUUGAAUCAUUCCCCUGAAAGAAGUAAAUAAAUAACGAAAUAAAUAACCAGAUAUUGUGAGUUUUGGAUGGGCUUGCCCUUUCUUUUUGCAUGAUGCUUUGGGUUUUUGAAAACUUGCAUCCUGAUUAAAGAUGUAUUUGUGUUAUUUAUUUACUUUUUUUCUUGUCUUUUUUGGUACAUUGGACACCCUGUAUCAUUUAUUUUUUAUUUUUGUUUGCUGGUAAAUUCAUUAAUCUUAAAGAUUUUUCUACAUGCAUAUAAUUUUGUAGGCAGCAAUAUGAUAUGUGAUGGAAAUGAAAUUAUGUGCAAUGUUGAAAAUUAAAAAAAGCAAAACAUAAUAUAUUAAAUAAAAAAACAAA